AUGGCGGAAUCUUGUCGCAUCAACUUUGGAAUGGACGAAAUCAGUACCAACGGGCUGGACAAUUCCAGCCUCACCCCGGCCGUGGACUUGGGCGAACGGCCACGUGGUUCCAUUGUGAGCUUUCACAACAUCAACUACACAGUGAAAAUAAAGAGCGGCCCGUGUUGGAAGAGGGCUGUCAAUGAGAAGAACAUACUGGUGGACCUCAAUGGGAUCAUGAAACCUGGCCUGAACGCUAUUCUUGGACCUACUGGAAGUGGAAAAUCUUCGUUCUUGGAUAUUCUGGCUGCAAGGAAAGAUUCCACCGGACUCUCAGGGGACGUUCUUAUUGAUGGAGCACCACAGCUUCCGAACUUCAAGUCCCUCUCUGGCUAUGUAGUCCAGGAUGAUGUGGUUUUGGGCACCCUGACUGUGAGGGAGAAUUUGCGUUUUUCUGCAGCCCUGCGGCUGCCGAGCUCGGUGCCACAGAGUGAGAAGGAGGCUCGAGUCAACGAACUCAUUAGAGAUCUAGGUCUCACAAGAGUGGCUGACUCCAAGGUGGGCACACCGUUGUCCCGAGGAAUCUCAGGAGGAGAGAGGAAGAGGACCAGCAUUGGUAUGGAGCUGAUUAUUAAUCCUGCAGUUCUGUUUCUGGAUGAACCGACCACAGGGCUGGAUGCUAGCACUGCCAACACUGUCCUGCAGCUGCUGAAAAGAAUGUCCGACAAUGGAAAAACCAUUAUUUUCUCAAUCCACCAACCUCGCUACUCCAUCUACAAACUGUUUGACACGCUGACCCUGUUGGUGAAUGGCAAAUUGGUGUAUCACGGAUCAGCACCAGACGCUUUGGAGUACUUUAUCAGCAGUGGGUUUUCACAUGAGGCAAAGAACAACCCAGCUGACUUCUUUCUGGAUGUUAUUAAUGGACAGAAUGGCGUAUCUCAAGACUUGAGCAUUGAGGAGCUCGACAGCCCGAAUCGGCACAUCGAGGAGUCCCUGGUGGAGAAGUACAAGCAAAGCCAAUGCUUCCGAAGCAUGCAAACUGAACAGGAUCGCAUCUUCAGGAAUAAGAGGCUUACAUCACGUCCAGUGUUCCACACUGUCACUUACAACAGCUCCUUCCUCAACCAGUUACGAUGGGUUCUUCGGAGAACCUUUAAGAACGUCAUGUUAACUCAGCAAAUAUCUGUGGUCCAGCUCGCAGUCAACUUUAUCCUCGCUCUCGUCGUAGGAGCCAUUUUCUUCAAGGUUAAAGAUGAUCAGAGUGGACUCCAGAACAGGAUGGGUGCCCUCUUCUUCAUCACUACCAACAAGUGUUUCAGCGUCGUGUCUGCAGCUGAACUCUUCAUCACCGAGAGGAAACUGUUUGUGCAUGAGUACAUCAGUGGCUACUACAGAGUGUCGGUCUACUUCAUCGCUAAGAUCCUGGUUGACUUCGCUCUGCGCGUCGCCACCACUUUGAUCUUCUGCGUUAUUAUCUAUUUCUUGAUUAUGUUCAAGACCACAGCAGAAGCCUUUUUUAUCUUCACGCUGACCGUGAAUCUGUUGACCUGCACAGCCACAACCAUGGCCACAGCCAUCGCAGCUGGCCAGAGCAGUGUGUCUACCGCCACAGUCAUCAUUACCAUCACCUUUGUCUUCAUGAUGAUUUUUUCAGGCCUCCUGGUGAACCUUCCCAGCAUCGCGAGCUGGCUGUCUUGGCUGAAGUACUUCAGUAUUCCUCGUUACGCUCUUGCAGCCUUGCAGAUCAAUGAGUUUGUUGGUCUGAAGAUCUGUGAGGAUUCCGUGAUCCAAAACCGCAACAUGUCAGCUGAAAUGAGCAACUGCACGAUGACCAGGAUUGGUGAUGUAUGUACAGGAGAGCAGUAUCUGAUGUACCUGGGAAUAGAGCCCACUGUAUGGGGACUGUGGAAGAAUCAUGUCGCUCUGACUGUGAUCGCAACUAUUUGCCUCGCCAUCGGCUAUCUGAAGCUGCGCUACAUGAAAAAGUUCACUUAA